UGGUUCCCGCAGCGCAAAGGACUGGUGAACGGGCUGGUGGUGGCGGGGUUUGGUGGCGGGGCGUUUAUCUUUGACCAGGUCCAAACGGCCUUCAUCAAUCCGGACAAUCUCAAGCCGCUCAAGGAAGUGGGCGGAGAUAAACAUUUCGACCAGGCGUCCGUCCUUGACCGUGUCCCCACUGUGUUCCUGAUCCUGGGAGGAUGUUACUCCGGCAUGCAGCUUCUGGCCGCUCCACUCAUGUGUAACCCGCCGGGCUACUCCUCUACCCAGCCACAGCCUGAAAAGAAAGAACCAGUGAAUCAAGGGGGCGGGGCCACCAGACGUGACGAUGACCUUCACCCCCCAUCGCCGUUGCUUGACCAGCCGAACAAAGAUGGGCGUGAAGGCUCCUCUUCCUCCGUGCCUGCUACAACAGCUGAUAAGGCGGACGAACAGUGGCGUUGCUGUGCAUGUCUGCCGCCUUCUGCUCGCUCAUGCUGACAAUGAGCGUGACGUCAUACGGCGGGAAACCGCUGUUUUUCAUUUACGUCUGCUUGCUCUUCGGCUCCUUCUCCGGAAGUUACGUCCUCUUCCCGACAGCCACUGCCAAAUGUUUCGGCCGGAAGAGCCUGGGGGUCAACUACGGCUUGGUGUUCACUUCUCAGAUUCUCAUCGCCCCGCUGGGUGUGUUCCUCUCUGAGACUCUCAAGACGCUGAUUGGCUGGAACGGACUGUUUUUCUUCGUGGCCGCCUUCUCUCUCACAAGUAAAAUCGAGAAAGAGCUAUUGGACGUCUGGAAGCGACCCCGGACAACGCUACUCUGACGAGAACAUCAGGGAGAGAGACCCGUGGGGAGGUCAAAGCGUGAUGAUAUGGGGCGCAAUCUGUAUCAAUCAAAGACUGGGCCUCAUAGUCUUCCAAAAUUUAGGACCUGUACGUGGCAACGGAGUAACGGCCCAGCGCUACAUCAACCAAGUUCUGCAGCCCCAUGUUGCUCCAUUUUUCCAGACACAUCAAAACCAUUUCUUUCAGCAGGAUAACGCCCAGCCUCAUAUAUACAGCACGUGCUACCCAGCAGUUCCUGGUGCCGAACAACAUACCCACCAUGCCUCACCCACCCCGAUCACCAGUUGUGAACCCACUAGAACACCUUUGGGACAUCCUUCAGAUGCGUCUCAACCAACUCCAGCCCAGACCCCGGACAGCUGCACAACUGGGUGCUGCUAUUCUUCAGGAAUGGGUGCAGGUCCCCAACUGCCAAAUCAAUCGCUUGGUCCACUCUAUGCACCGCCGAUACACUGCUGUCAUCAACACUAAUGGGCGCCAUACCAGAUACUGACUGGAACUUAAGCCCCAAGGUCAUCCCCAACUCUCAAGCAUUGUUUUGUGCAAUUUGAGACACCUCAAACCUGUUUCUCUAAAUAAAAAUAUUGCUUCAAUUUA